AUGGCAUUUUUACGUAGUGAACGCGUUCCUUUUGAGCCUCUUCUAGAAGGCAAAGAAUCUUCAAAAGCAACACAAGUUAGGUAUGAGGAUUAUGUUAAAGCCAUUCAAUGUUUAGAAAAGAAGGUUGAGAAUUUUUUAUUAACAGUUAAUGAAUCGGCUAUCUCCGACCUUUGUGAUUUCGUAAUAAAUACUUAUGACAAAGGUGAAAUUAAUGAUUGUCAAGAUGACUAUCAAGAAGAUUAUGAGGCUUCUGAUUAUUCUAUCGAUCCGAUCGAAGAUAUUGUGAGUGAUAUUUCUAAAAUUCCAAUUGUGUUGAUGUUAGGAAUAACUACUUGUAUUCGUGGUAUCGACCCACUUCGUGAAAACUAUUCAUAUUCUGUGGUGCGCCUGUUAAAACCAGAAGCGUUUUAUUUGCGGACGCAAAAAGCCCGUUGCGAUGAUCUUGUAUCACAAUCCAAACUUCAUCAGCCAGCAGAAGCGCGUCGGUUAUUGUGUGAUGAUUACUACGUAAAAUCACUUUUACCAACUUUCAGUCAAAAUAUAGCAACAUAUCAUCAAAGAUUUGCUAUUGCUUUGGAAUUUAUCAUUUUUCUCCAAGAAUUUUUGGAUUAUGAUGCAAAAAAGCUAAAAUCGAAAUAUGAGCUAUAUUCCAUUGCAUUAAAAAAGCCUGGACUCGGUGAAAAUGAUUAUAUCCAAACAUUAUUGGAUGAUUUAAUAAAGAUAGAUCCAAAAAAAAUUGGAGAGUUACUUCAAGUCUUUAUUUCUUUACUUAAAACUGUACUUAACCAUGUGGAAAAUAUUGAACAAGAGUACGAAGAUUUUUGCCACUUUUUGGUUCGGACAAAAGAGAUUGAGAACGAUUUAACUCGACCUUCCGCGUCGACUCGUUCUUCAAUAACGAAAAUGAAAAAUAAAGAAUCCGCUAUUUUACAAAAGAUCGAAAAGAUCGGUGACGAUUACAAAAAAUUGGUUAUAGAUGUUACAAAUUAUUUGGCAAUAUUCUUUGA